AUAUGUGAAGAAGGCUGAACUUGAUGGACGCAAGUCUCUUUUGAGCUAUGUAACUAUGUAACUCCAAGCACUAUAACCAUUCCAGCUACCAGAGUACCCUGAUGCCUCGUUGAUAUUCGUAGCUGAUUGUUGAUGUAGGAUCUCGCUACCGUCAGGUGUAGAAUCUUCCUGUAGGAUUCUGAAUGGUGUGUUCUAGUCACAGCUCAUAAACACCCUGCGGAAUAGUUUGAUUUUCCCACCAAUAUACGCGAAUCAAAAUGGCGGACCAGCGGCAGCGCUCUCUCUCUACCUCUGGGGAGUCUUUAUACACCGUGUUGGGGUUGGACAAGAAUGCCACGUCCGAUGACAUCAAAAGAUGUUACCGGAAGUUGGCGUUAAAGUAUCACCCCGACAAGAACCCCGAUAAUCCUGAGGCAUCUGAAAAAUUCAAGGAGAUCAACAACGCCCACGGAAUUCUGACAGAUGCCACGAAAAGGAAUAUUUAUGACAAGUACGGAUCCCUGGGCCUGUACGUGGCCGAGCAGUUCGGAGAGGAGAACGUCAACACAUACUUUGUGCUGUCCAGUUGGUGGGCCAAGGCACUGUUCAUGUUUUGUGGACUGAUCACCGGCUGUUACUGCUGCUGUUGUCUGUGCUGUUGCUGUAAUUGCUGCUGUGGAAAAUGCAAACCGCGACCACCAGAGGGCGACGAGCCAGACUUCUAUGUGUCACCUGAAGACCUGGAGGCACAGCUACAGUCUGACGAGAGGGCAGACACCAAUGAUGGCCCUGUUCUGGUACAACCCAGCUCUGCCACAGAAACCACACAACUCACCAGCGACUCCCACGCCAGCUACAACACCGAAUCGUUCAACUGAGAGUACGCCAGGCCCCCCGGAUGACUAGGAUUAGAGAGGAGGGGGAGGAACUGAAUCUGUCCCUGGUCCCCUUUGUGUAAGCAUCCCCCAGCCUCUUCAUCUGACCAGCUUUUAUCUGCUCCCCCUUGUGGUGCGAUGAUUGAAUGUCCCGAGAAAGCCGCCGCAUGCUCACUAUUCACUCCUCCUCUUGACAAACUAUUUUUAAUUUAUUUUUGUUUUCUUCAUGUCUAGUUUUUAUUAGGUAUAUUUUUGUAUGGGACCUGUUACUUCCGCAACCCCGAACCCCUCUCUUUUGCCCCUGCGGUGCACACCAGUCUCCCCUCCCAAUAAGGAAUCUAACGUAGUGAACACUAUUUCCGGUUCUGCUCAGACUAUGGGUUUUCGCCCUCACAUGGGGAAGAUCCAGUUUUAAUCAUGUGUCUGUGUGAGUGACUGUAUCAGGAUGUUUGGAUGUUAUGUGAGUGGUGCUUGGUGCUGACUAUACUGCCUCUCUUGGUAUAAACGUUUAGGGAACCCCUCCGUUACGGGUGCAGAUUAAGAAGCUGUCUGUCUUCGUUACCUCUUAUUUGAAGGUGAGAGAGUCAGCCCAAUUUGGAGCAUUCCCCUCACCCCUUUUGCAUGCAGCCAUCUUAGCCAUUAACAUCUCCUCGCCCCCUCUCACGAGGUGCUCCGCUUAGCUAUCCUUAUUGGAAUUACAAUUCCUAAUGAGCCUCAGCCAGCAAUAGGCGUGUUUUUGCAAAUCCUUUUCAAAGGAUGUUCCACAUUUUACCUCCACUGUCUGUUAAAGGGUGAGGAAAUCAGAUUGGACUUUCUCUGCUCCCUGAAUUUUCCUGUAAACUAGAGAUUUAUAAGAGAGUAAGGAGCUCCCCUCUGUUCAAACGCAAUCUUUGGUGCAGUAGUGGCGGUAUACUUAGCUGUGCAUUGUGUGGGCAGUGCCAUAUUUAUUUGUAUAUAAUGUCAGUAGUAUAUACAGUGCUGUCUUUAUUUGUAUAUAGUGUCACUAGUGUACACAGCGCUGUAUGUGUAUGUAUGUGGUGAGAGUAUAGCCUUCUCUGUGCUAAAUAGAAUUCAUCCGAACUCCUUUCUCCCUUUGUCGUCAAAACUGAGCAAAAACUCUUACUGGCCUCCACCAGACCAUAAUAAUCUCAAAUUAGCAGUGUGAUUUUUAUGCUUAUAGUUUCACUACAAAAAAAAACCUUCACUACCUUAGCGACCCUUUGGCCACUGGAUCCAUCUGCAAGACCUUGCAGUGAUUGAUCUGAUAUACUGUAUCAGGUUCGUUGCAAGGCUUAAGUGCUUCGUCAUUAGGAAACCAGCACCAGGCUGCAUGACAGGUGAUCCGAAAAGGCUCAGACAAUGCGUGACCUCUAUCUGUUCUAGAGAAAUGUCCUGUCUACCAAAAUGAAAGAGAGGAACUGUUAAAUAAAUGGCUGAUCUGUUCACAAUCAAUCAUGUUCUUUUUAAUAAAGUUUAUUCACUAAACAGUUGGCAGGCAACUUGCACAAUUUCUGCCAAAAUAUUUGAGUUGGAAAAAUAUCUAAAUUUUAGCCAAAUUCGAGAGGUUUGUUCCAACUCUGCUGCUUUGGAAAACAUAUUUGUGAGCCAGUUAUCAACAGUUUAGUGAAUGAUUUUUUUUUUUUUUUUUUUUUUUUUUAAAGGAACGUUUAUUUGUUAUCACUGUUUUCUAAUGCACAUAUGAAAGAGGAAUUUAGUGUAAACUGUGUUUGAUAAAUUGUGGGAGAUAAAAUAGCCAAAAUUAAACGUGAAAUGGUGACAAAACCACAGCCUUCUUAUAGAAAAAUGGUUUAUACACGAAUUUGCUUCUGUUGGCUGUUAGAUAUAUUUUAGGGCACAUACAAGCCAAAAUGCCAGUUUAUGUAACCUUGCAAAUUAGCCAAAUAAGGCCGCGAUUUAGUGAGCUUAAAAUGAUUUAACACUGUAAGAAAAUUAUCCAAGGGAUUUAUCUUCAGAGUCUACAACAGGGGUAAGCAACCUUCGGCACUCCAGAUGAUGUGGACUACAUUCACCAUAAUGCUCUUACACCCUUAAUGCUGGCAAAGAAUCAUGGGAGGUCUAGUCCAAAAUAUCUGGAGUGCCGAAGGUUGCCUAUGCCUUGUCCGCAGAAUGUUUGUAUAGAAGUCAUUUUGAAAUGUUUCUAACCGUAUUAAAUCAUUUGGAAAGCUUAUAAAAUCGAGACCUAUGUGUGUCCUGCAAAGGAUUUUUCUUACCCUCUGAAUGGAAAUGUAUAAAUAUGGGGAUAAUUUUCAGCAUCUUUAGUACAUUUCAAUCCUUUUAACCCCUUAAGGCCUGUGUUGACUUAUGCAUCAUAACAAUCUAGUCCUGAAAUAUAGUAUCUCAGACGUAA